AUGAACGAAACCAGCGAGCCGGAUGCCAUGCGUCGUCGCCACUCCAUCGACCUGGCCGAACCCUUAGAUACCUACGAAGAGUCCGACUGCGCAUUCUCAGACGACAACCUGGGCAUAGACAUGGACAUGGAGUUUGAUCUCGCCAUGCCGCACGCCGCAGAGACUCGGCUGCCUCGUCUCGCCGCAACUCCUUCUCUUCCGCCCACUCCCGUUGCUCCUCCAUCCAGCCCUCUAGUCGCCGCGAUGGCGAUCAGAGCAAAUACGUUGCGCAGCACGUUCGCCGGACAAAUUUCCUAG